GUGUCCAUCCCUGGGACAUGACCAUGCAGCCCGGCCUAGCCCUGGUGCUAGGUGUGACCCUGUGCCUGGGGUAUGGCCAGCCCCAGCUGUGGGCCCCGGAACGCCCCUUCUCUGUGCUGUGGAAUGUACCCUCAGCACACUGUAAGACCCGCUUUGAUGUGCACCUACCACUAGAGGCCCUGGGCAUCACAGCCAACCAUGGCCAGCGUUUCCACGGUCAGAAUAUCACCAUCUUCUACAAGAACCAGCUCGGCCUCUAUCCCUACUUUGGGCCCAGGGGCACAGCUCACAAUGGGGGCAUCCCCCAGGCUGUGCCCCUUGACCGCCACCUGGCACAGGCUGCCUGCCAGAUCCACUGGAGCAUGGGGCCUGGCUUCCCUGGCCUGGCAGUGCUGGACUGGGAGGAAUGGUGUCCACUCUGGGCAGGGAACUGGGGCCGCCGCCGAGCCUACCAGGCAGCUUCAUGGGCUUGGGCACAGCGGGUAUUCCCCCUCCUGGGCCCCCAGGAGCAGCUCCACAAGGCCCGCACUGGCUUUGAACAGGCAGCCCGGGCACUGAUGGAGGACACUCUGCGGUUGGGCCAGGCGCUGCGGCCCCUUGGACUCUGGGGCUUUUACCGCUUCCCAGCCUGUGGCAAUGGCUGGCACAGUUCAGCUUCCAAUUACACGGGUCACUGCCACAAAGCCACCCUCGUUCGCAACACGCACCUGCAUUGGCUCUGGGCCGCCUCCAGUGCCCUCUUCCCCAGCAUCUACCUCCCACCUGGACUGCCGCGGGUGCACCGCCAGACAUUUGUUCGGUACCGCCUGCAGGAGGCCUUCCGCGUGGCCCUCGCUGGGCACCAGCAUCCCCUGCCUGUCCUGGCCUACGUCCGCCUCACACACCGGCGCUCUGGGAGGUUCUUGUCCCAGGAUGACCUUGUGCAGACUGUCGGUGUGAGUGCAGCGCUGGGGGCAGCCGGCGUGGUGCUCUGGGGGGACCUGAGCUUCUCCAGCUCUGAGGACAAGUGCUGGCAGCUCCACGACUAUCUGCUGGGCACCCUGGGCCCCUAUGUGACCAACGUGACCAGGGCGGCCAUGGCCUGCAGUCAGCAGUGGUGCCAUGGCCGCGGGCGCUGUGCCCGGCGAGACCCCGGACAGCUGGAAGCCUUUCUGCACCUGCAGCCAGACGGCAGCCCUGGGGCGUGGCAGUCCUUCAGCUGCCACUGCUACCGAGGCUGGGCUGGCCAGACCUGCGGGGAGCCCGGGCCUGAUCCUGCGCCUGAAGAAGCAGCAUAAAGCCAGGAGUCACCUGUGCCUGCCCCUCCUGUCCUUGCUGCCAUUUCCCCCUCCUGGAGGGAGGAGUCUGUCCAUCCUGUUCCAUUUAGCUUACUGUCAGCCCUCCGGUACACACACCCGACUUCCCACGGGAUCCCUGGAAGGGCCAGAGAAAACGCUUACUCUAUUUUAGCACUGGAGGCCCCCUGACAGGGCCCGUCCCUCCUGACAAGGAGGGAGGGCCAGGGUUCCAGAGGGUCGGGGCUGCCAGCCCAGGGCUCUGUUCCAGGAGGCGACAGGACCGUCCAGGGGCAGGUGGGCCCCACCCAGGGAGAUCUGGCCUAUGGGCUGUAAGAGCUAACCUGCUGUCUACACUCGCUUUCAUCAUAAAGGCACCUUUCCUUCA